AUGGUGGCAGCGGUUCGGAGUAUCGCCGUCGACGCCCGCGGCACCCUCGAACGAGGAGCUUUGCGAGCACGUGGUGAACCUCACUGCACAGGUCGUUUCCCUCACGCGAGAAGUCGAUCGCCUCCGGCGCCUCAUCGCGCGGCCAACCGCGACGGUCGCCCCCAGUGUUGCCAGAUGGGGCGAUUUUUCGCCAAAGUGGCGUUUUUGGGCAUGCGUUUGGCGUACAAUUGUUUGAUUUGGCGUUUGGCUCUUAAAAAGGCGAUACUCAAAAAAGAUAUGGCGAAAAUUGGCGUUUUAAAAAAAAAUUUUAUUUUCAAAAAUACAUUUUUUGAAUAA